UUUCGUGGCAUUGUUGCACUGCUUCGUGUGGGCAGCGGCCACAUACGUGUCGACCACGGUCUCUAUCCCUUGCAUGCAGCAGUAUCCUCGGCUCUCGGCGGUUGCGGGUUCGUUCAUACGCUCACUUCCCAUUUUCCUGUUGAGCGCCUCGCACCGCAGCAAUACUCCUAUCAAUAGAUAGGACACACCGCCCCCGUACCGCGCAACGGAUAACGACAAUCUAACUGUAAAACCCCCACACAUCGCAUCAAAAUGGUCAAGUUUUUGAGUCCCAUGGCGCUGUCGCUGGCUGCCUCUGCCGCUGCAGUCGCCGCUUACGCUGCUCACUUCAGCUUCCUCCCGCAGUUGACCAAGUCGAUCCCUUCCUCGCCUGCCAACAUGGCUCCGCGCACGUCGCACCAGCGCAACAUCGACGAGAUCAACCGUCUGGACGGCUAUGACGUUGUGAUCGUGUGCACGUCCACACCGCACCAGGCGCAGUACUGGCAGGAUCGCCUCAUGGCUACGCGCGGCUCUAUCUCGCCCAAGGAUGCUAAGGUCAUCGCUGUGUUCGAGGACUGGGAAGGCGGCGCUGGUAAUGGUCUCGGCACGCUCUAUGCCUACACCAAGGCCGUGGCGGCCGGCAAGGAGCUCUACGGCAUCGACAUCCCAGCACUGCUCGCUGCAGGCAGCAUCAGUGUCGCGUUGUAUCACACUGCCGGUAAGGGUACGCGUCUUGCGCCGCUGCCCGGCAGUGAGAACAACAACAAGUCUGGCGUCAAACUUCCGGCAAUGGUAGAGGUCAAGGACAAGUACGUGCCCAUGACGAUCCUUGAAGCCGUGGUGAAGCAGACUGGCGUCUACGCUUCCAGUCGCCGUGGACGUCUGUCAGUUUUCUGGGGCGACCAGGUGUUCAUCCCGUCGGCUGAGGUCAACUACGAGGCCAAACACCACAUCGAUAUCCUGGCUGCACUUGCUCCUAUGCCCUCGGAGAAGGAAUGGAAGGAGAAGGGUCUCGAGAAGUACGGUCUCAUUGUAGUCAACCAGCAGGAUAACGCCGCUCAGGUCGACAAGGUGACUCACGAGACUGCUAUCCGUCUGUUGUCUUCGUUCGGCGAGAUGAAGUCGGUUGGUACCAGUCUGGGGUCGUUCAGUGUGGAUGCCGACAUGCUUCGUGCACUAUUGAGCGAAUUUGCCAAGGAACUGGCUGCUAAGAGUGGCAAGCUUGACAGCGAUCCGCACUUCUGGAUGCCUUUGACGCUUGAGCUCGACGCGUACACGGAGGUGAUGGCACAAAAGGGUGUCGACAAGGCGGAGUCUACUGCGCAUUACCAGCGUAUGAAGAAGAUGAUGGCCAAUUUCGAGGAGACCCGGACGAAGGAGCUCGGACUGUUUGGCUGCGUCGACGUUGGCAGCGAUGUGUACUGGUGGGACUACGGCCAGCUGAAGCUGUACCUGAAGAACAACCGUCUGGUGACCAAGCCUGGUGUGGAGGCAGAUUGCUUACGGUCAUUCCUGGGCAUCAGCAACAACAUGGAGCACAGCCAGAUCGGUGAGAACGCGGUCAUUAAGGAGGCCACGGUCUUGAACAGCGAGAUCGGUCACGGUGAUAUCAAACGCAGCGUAUUGAGCGGAGUGUGUGCGAAGGAGGUGAACGCGGAUGGCUCGAUCCUCAUCAACGUGACUGCACGUUCGAUCACAGCGCCUAAUUGCGUGGUAUACAACGUCACCUCUGACGAGGCUGAAGGUUUGUGCUUGGAGGAAGGAAGUGUGGUUGUCGGUGUGCUUCUGCCUGAUGGCGAAAAGGUCGUGAUGCGUUCGAGUAUGGAUGUGUGCGGCGGCAAGGCAUGGAAGACGGUGCUGGAGGAGAACCAGCACUCUUUCGAGAAUAUCUAUGAACUCAAUGCGGAUGCGAAUGUGUCAAAGCUGGAGAAGCUCAUCCAGGACGAGCACGUCAAGAUGCGCGAGAUGGUCUUGUCCUCCUAAACAACGCAACAUUCAGAGCUAGUACAACGUAGAUAAUCCCACCGGUUGCCGGUAGAAACUCCUAAAUGCAUUUGAUUCAUCCUAAAUCUUUUGAGACCA